AUGAACGGCUUCGCGCGAGACAGGGACGAGGAAAAGACGCCGGCAAAGCGAGCUCGAGACCUUCCUCGCCCUGCCCUCGCUCAGAACCAAGAGAGAAGAAGAGAGAAGAAGAGGGAAGAAGAGGGAAGAAGAGAGAAGAAGAGGGAAGAAGAGAGAAGAAGAGGGAAGAAGAGAGAAGAAGAGGGAAGAAGAGAGAAGAAGAGGGAAGAAGAGAGAAGAAGAGGGAAGAAGAGGGAAGAAGAGAGAAGAAGAGAGAAGAAGAGGGAAGAAGAGAGAAGAAGAGGGAAGAAGAGAGAAGAAGAGGGAAGAAGAGAGAAGAAGAGGGAAGAAGAGAGAAGAAGAGGGAAGAAGAGAGAAGAAGAGGGAAGAAGAGAGAAGAAGAGGGAAGAAGAGAGAAGAAGAGGGAAGAAGAGAGAAGAAGAGGGAAGAAGAGAGAAGAAGAGGGAAGAAGAGAGAAGAAGAGGGAAGAAGAGAGAAGAAGAAGAGAGAAGAAGAGGGAAGAAGAGAGAAGAAGAGGGAAGAAGAGAGAAGAAGAGGGAAGAAGAGAGAAGAAGAGGGAAGAAGAGAGAAGAAGAGGGAAGAAGAGAGAAGAAGAGGGAAGAAGAGAGAAGAAGAGGGAAGAAGAGAGAAGAAGAGGGAAGAAGAGAGAAGAAGAGGGAAGAAGAGAGAAGAAGAGGGAAGAAGAGAGAAGAAGAGGGAAGAAGAGAGAAGAAGAGGGAAGAAGAGAGAAGAAGAGGGAAGAAGAGAGAAGAAGAGGGAAGAAGAGAGAAGAAGAGAGAAGAAGAGGUCGCCUUGAGCUCCUUCUAG